UCGCUCUGUGUUCACCUUUUGCACCUGUACGCGACUGGACGCGAAAACCUUGCCUUGCUGCAAACACAAUAUUGCAAUAAUUAACUCGUCGUUAUACGUUAAAGUUUUACGUUAAAGUUCGCUCACUGCCUAAAUAAGAAGCCGAAGUUUAAGUCGAACCACACUAAGCAGUUCCAGAAUAAAAAGCAUGAAAUUACAGUUGAAGUGAUUAUCUGUGACAAGUGUAACCUCACACUAAGACGUUGUAGUUCCUAGGGGAAUUCAAUGGAGCGGUGCGAUACAGAACCCGCAUGUUGGCUUGCGGGUUACAGCCGCUCGUAUCCAGGAAACGGGACGGCUUCGGGAAUCCUGGAGUGAGCCGACCCUGCAGCGGCCUCAAGCCGGGGAGGUGCGGCCUGGGCAUUGCGAUGCAGCUGGCGACUCAAAGGGUUCGAGGGGCAGCCGCCAUCGUAGUACGAUGUGGCGAACAGGAAUGCGCCAUCAGCUCAUCUGGGGGAAAGAAGCAUACCCUGCAGCACUGCACUUUGAAUAUGGAAACAGAGGUUACUGAUGGCCAUAUCACUGGUAGUGGUAAUGAUGACUUCUGCCCCAAGAUGGACCAUUCAAGGAUGAUGAACCCCACCACAAGCACACCCAAUGGCCAAUACAGUUCUCUAAGUCACAUGACAAACAAAAACUCCAUCAAGAUAGAAAUGCACAGUGAUGAGGAUGAUGGAAAAGUUCUUAAACAGAUGGACCUGGCAAGAAGCAAAGAGGAAAUGAGUACCAUGGAUGAAUCUGUGGUGGAAAGCAACGGACUGACUGAAAGCAAUCAAGGGCAGGAGAUGCAAGCCGAGGGAGGAAUACGUCUUCCGAAUGGUAAACUGAAGUGUGACAUCUGUGGGAUGGUUUGCAUUGGGCCCAAUGUUCUAAUGGUACAUAAGCGGAGCCACACUGGUGAACGUCCCUUCCAUUGCAACCAAUGUGGUGCAUCAUUUACCCAAAAAGGAAACCUACUGAGGCAUGUCAAGCUGCAUACAGGAGAGAAGCCUUUCAAAUGUCCAUUUUGCAGCUAUGCCUGCAGACGACGAGAUGCACUGACUGGUCAUCUUAGGACACAUUCUGUAGGUAAACCUCACAAGUGCAACUAUUGUGGUAGAAGCUACAAACAGCGCAGUUCACUGGAGGAGCAUAAAGAACGCUGCCACAAUUACCUGCAGAACACCGGCAUGGAGGCUGCACAGCCCAUGAAUCACCAGGAUGAUUACAAGGAUCACGAUACAGCAGCAGACCACAUUCCCCUGAUGCAGUUUGAGAGACCGGCAGUGAUAGAGAGGCUGGCAAGCAAUAUGGGAAAACGUAAAAGCUCCACACCUCAAAAAUUUGUUGGUGAAAAGUUCAUGCGUUUGAAUUAUCCAGACAUCAAUUGUAAUAUGAACUUGAAUUAUGAGAAAGAGGCAGAGUUCAUGCAUUCACACAUGAUGGAUCAAGCUAUCAAUAAUGCAAUUACAUACCUUGGGGCUGAAUCCCUCAGACCGCUAAUGCAACAUCAGCCAAGUUCAAUGGCAGAAGUGGUUCCGGUUUUGAAUUCAGUCUAUUCUCAGAUAUACCAUCCAACAAGGCUUGAAAGGCCAAGCAGCAGGGAAAUAACAGAAAGCCACGAAAAUACAGUGGAUGGCCCAAUCUCUCUUAUAAGAGCAAAAAAUCCAACAACAGAAAGAGUAAUGUCUCCAAGUAACAGUUGUCUCGAUUCUACUGAUACAGAGAGCAGCCAUGAUGAUCGAAGUGCUCAACAACACCUCGGAGUACCAGCCUUGACUCCUCAGAGCAAACGAAGUCCAGCCUACUCAAAAGAGGAAACAAAGGCUCUGGAAGCCACAAAGGUUUUGUCUCAUACCUCUAAAGAGAUAUAUAGAGUCUUCAGUGAAGAGGGUGAGCAGAUUAGGGCUUUCAAGUGCGAGCACUGUCGUGUACUGUUUCUAGAUCAUGUUAUGUACACCAUCCACAUGGGCUGCCAUGGUUUCAGAGACCCAUUUGAGUGCAACAUUUGUGGCUACAGAAGCCAUGAUCGCUAUGAAUUCUCAUCGCACAUUGUUCGUGGAGAACACACAUUCCACUAGGCCUUGAGCUUCUAGGACAGUGAUGAAGAACUGUUUUUGAAGUCCCACAUUGACAUGACUGAAAGGCAGAAGUGGCCUGGUGACAGACAAUUUGCCUGUUUUUUACUAUCUAUGGACCAAGAAUAUACUGCAAUGAGUAUAUUCCACUCAUUUACCGUAAUAUUGUUCUUUCAUUUAUAUAUGACAUUGUGGGAAUUAAAAUUAGCCUUUAGUUUGAAAUGAAAUAAGUUGUCAGUCAUGUCAUCUUCAAAACUUUGUAUCAUUCAUCUCGGUCAUUGCGUAGGUGCAACUGUGAUAAGCUAAUGAUCGACUCGUAUAUAGAAUUUCAGUAAUAAAAUAAAGAAUGAUGCAGGGUCAAGGGUCAACUAUGUCUCAAACAAUACUGCACUUCCUUAAUUGCUAAAUGGAGUAAGGAUAGAAGAUUAAUACUUUCUAGCCUUUCAUAAUUGUAUUGUCCAUUUGAGACAUUCACUCAAUGAAGGGAGGAACAGCAGAACAGAACUAAGCACUUAUGAUUUUUUAUAUACUUGCAAUGAUGACCAACAAUUGGAAAGGAACAACGUAAAUCUGAAAAGAAAAAGUGUGUGAUUAAAGUACAUUUAUUCAAUAGUUCAACGUUAUUCCCGUGAUGUCACUCCCUUUUUGACUAUUAUAGUCUUAACUUGUUGAUUCCUUUUCUGCAUUUUACAAGAAAGAGAUGAAUGAUAUAGUGCUAGUCAGAUGUCAAGUCUGACAACCUGUUUUGUGGCACUUGCUCCUUGAAUAAAGAAUACCUCUUACAAUUAGAUUGCUUGUUGAAGGGGGAACAAAAUUAGGACCAAACUAUGCACUUACUGGAAAUUUUCAUAACGUACUGGAGACUGUUGUUAAUUUCUGAACAUAUAGCAACAAGGGAAGGAUGUAUUAAAAACUGAAACUGUGAUCAUAUAACUGAUUGUGAAGCACUGUCAGUUUUGAACCAGACUCACUUCCUGUUUCAUGUAGCAUUUCUAAUCUGGGACAAGUGUCCCUGUCCUAAAUCCUCGGGCUUUUUUGUUGCUGAAGCAUUAGGUAUAAGCUGUUUACAUAUUUUUGUACUAAAGUGUAGUUUUAUACAUGAAAAUGCUUGAAAAAUAAAAGGUACAUUAGCUUUGUAGUGCAUUUGCUACUGGAAUCGGAUAACUGGAACCUCUUCCUUGGUUUGUUUAAUGGUGGCAACAUAUGCUGGGUUUUUCAGUGUGAAACUCUGGAUGUACAUUUUCCUUUUAACCUACCUUUGUAAGAAGACUGAAACUGUAACCUUUUAUGCAAUUAUUUAGAAAGUUUCAGCAUUGACAAUAAUAGUAUGUUUUAAAUCUUUUGAAAUGUCAAUUCUGAUGUUAAGCAUUGGCAGCAGCUAUUCGUAGCCCAAGAUUAAUUCUGAAGGCUUUCCCUCUUAACGUCUUGUGACUCAGAGGUGUAGGGAUCACAAGAGUCCAUAACAGACUCUCCAAACUUGAACCGGUUAUAAUAUACAAAUGAAUGCAGUUUGCAAGUGCAAUACUCUUUUUUUUUCUUGAAUUGUAUAUUGUAUUUUCUCAAUUUAGAAAAUAGUUUAUGUAAAUGUUUUUGAAAUACAUUAACUGAUUCUUAAGACUUUGUUGAAAACCCCUGUUACUGUGAUCUAAAUAACAUGGCUUGUUUUAAAAAAACAAAAAAAGUUGCAGAAUCUUUGUUAAUAUUUUUUUAGGAAAACUACUGUAAGGUUUGUACUGUCUGAGUGCGCAAAUACUGAAAUAAAUUUAGGGAACCUCAGGAA